AUGAAAAUUACUCUUUUAGAUGAUGCUACAGCUUCGUCUGUUUUAAAUCAUAUUUGUGGACUUGUUAUGGCAUUUUAUUGGCAUGAUGACCAAUUGUUUGCAAGACAUGGCCCUAUCGAAAACAACGACACUAUAUGGACCACAUUCCUAUUAGAUAUGAGAGAACCCACGCAGGGAUUCACCGCCAAUCUUCGUCAAAUUUCAGUACACUUUAAUGAAAAUAUGAUCCGUGUUGGUCAUUCUCGAUCAAUUGAAAUCGGAUCUGACAUAGAUAAUGAAUCUCUAAAAGGAAUAUUUAAACUUGAAUUUGUCAAUGUGCAUAGUGUUAAAUUUGACGCUGUUAUCACUCCAAGAGCAUGGAAAUCUGAAAGUCCAGAUCAAGAAAAUUUUUCUGCUGAAAUGGAGAGUUAUUCUGUUUAUUUGGCGGCUCGAGCCAUACCAACGGUUGAACGUGAAUCGAUUGAUUUAUUUCAAACAACACUUUCUGUAUAUAAUACAGAACUGUUGUAA